AUGCCCUCCCUCCUCCUCGUAGUCUUUAUUCUACAGCUCGUCCUGCAUAUCAUCAACACCGUGGGUGCAAAUACCAUCAACGAGUUGCUAUGGAUCCUCUACAACAAAUUCCCCACACCGACGCACAAUGCCGCGCAAAAGGUCACGGCGCUGAAACGCGACAUCGUCCGGCUGAAGCGUGAGCUGGGCCUGGUCUCGGCGCAGGACGACUUCGCACGCUGGGCGAAGCUGCAGCGCCAGCACGAUAAAGCGAUGGCCGAGUUCCAGAAGCUGGACUCCUCCCUGCGCACGCACCAGACCCGCUUCACCUCGACCGUGGCCACGCUCCGCUGGCUGGGGACCCAAGGCCUCCGCUUCGCCCUGCAAUUCUGGUUCGCCCGCGAAGCCAUGUUCUGGAUCCCGCACGGCUGGGUACCGUACUACGUAGAAUGGAUCCUGUCGUUUCCCCGGGCCCCGCUGGGCAGCGUUAGCAUCAAUGUGUGGGGGAUUGCGUGCGCGAGCAUGAUUGCGCUGGUGGCGGAGGCGGGGAGGGCAGUGUAUGUGCUUGCUACGACGAGGGCCGUUAGACAGGGAGUGGAGAAGGAGAAGCCCAUGGCGUUUGAGGCGAAACCUGGGGCGGAGAAGAGACCCCCAAAGUCAGAGCAAAAGAGCAGCAAGAAGGAACUAUGA